AGUAAAACUGUUGACUAGAAAGACAUGCGCUCCCACUUCUCUCCCUCGUUUCUCCUAUGUCCUCCCGCUAAUCUCGCACUUUUCGUCGUCGUUGCCUCCCUCUCUCUUCUCCCCUUCUCGAACGCUGCCUUGUAUCCAUCUCUUAAGUGACCGAACCCGCAAUGAAAGCCAGAAACGGCGGAAUCGCGGCUUCUUACAGUCUGCCAUGAUGUCUCGCCUCCCUCUACUGUUGUUGCUCCCCCUCCUCCUUCAUUUCCUACCUCUGCUCUCCCAUUCUGCUUCCUUUUACAAUUUUUCAUUGUUAAUUGACUGUGGUGGGAAGGAUAACUUCACUAGCCAGUUCAACCAGUCAUGGACAGCCGAUGAGUUCUACACGGGAGGGAGCACUGCAGUUGUCUCAAAUACAGGGAAUUUCAUUAGACCGCAAGAAACCACCCUCCGGUUUUUCCCAAUUUCCUAUGGAAAGAAGAACUGCUACAAUGUUGAUGUCCCAAAUGGCCGUUACUUCAUUAGGACGUUCACGGUGUACGAUAAUUAUGAUAAUAAGAUGCAGACGCCAAAUUUCGAUGUUUCUGUGGAGGGUACUCUUGUUUUUAGCUGGAGAUCACCUUGGGGAGAAAGUUUUAGCAGAAACGGAGCGUAUGCAGAUCUUUUCGCGUUUAUAAAUGAUGGGCAGGCAACAAUUUGCUUCUACAGUAUUGCCACUGAUGCCCCGGUGAUAGCAUCUUUGGAAAUCAUACAGGUCGAUCCACUUUCAUACGUCUCUUCAUCAACUGGAACGAAUCUCAUCUUGGUAAAUUAUGGUCGUUUUAGUUGUGGAUCUCAGUCUUUUGGACCAGGAUUUACUAAUGACACAGAUUACUUUGGUAGAAAUUGGCAAACUGAUGCGCGCCUUUUUCAAGGGAAUCGAGUUGUCGGGCCACUUUCAACUGCAGCCCCCAUUCAUGGUGCUGACCAGGCACCUGACUAUUUUCCAGAGCAUUUGUAUCAGACUGCAUUAACUACAGUUGGCGUGAAUGAAAACAUUGAAUUUAUACUGACAGUGGAUGCUCGAACAGAUUACAUGAUAUGGUUUCAUUUUGCUGAGAUUGACCCUCGUAUAACUAAAUCUGGUGAAAGAGUCUUUGACAUAUAUAUCAAUGGGAAAAACGUUAAUAGAGUAGAUAUAUUUGAGCAAGUGGGUAACUACACGGCUUUUACAUGGAAUUACAUACUACGGAAGCUGAACAGCACACUGUUGAGAGUGGACCUGGUCCCAGUCGUUGGCGCUCCUUUGAUAUGUGGUCUCGAGAACUAUGCUAUGCUUCCACUUGACUAUGUCACAGUUCCUAGCCAAGUAUUGGCAAUGAGAGCAUUGAAGGAGUCACUGCAAAUUCCUGACAGAAUGGGCUGGAAUGGUGAUCCGUGCGCUCCGUCCACUUGGGAUGCUUGGGAAGGAGUAACUUGUCAUAAUGACGAGAAUGGCCUUGUCAUCACUCACUUGGAUCUUGGAAGUCAAGGGCUGAAAGGAUAUGUCAGUGACCAGAUAAACCUUCUGACAAAUUUAUUGAGCCUAAAUUUAAGUUCAAAUGGCUUGACUGGUAAUAUACCUUCAGGGCUAGGAGGUGGAUCUCUUGUACAACUGGACUUGUCUCAUAAUAUGUUUUCCGGAGCUAUCCCUGAUAGCUUAGGUUCUUCAAAUCUCCAAGUUGUGUUAUUGGAUGAUAAUGAAUUGGAGGGACAAGUACCUGAUAAGCUUUACUCUGUUGGUCUGCACGGUGGAAUGAUUGAUCUUUCUAGUAACAAGGGGCUUUGUGGUGUCCCCACUUUACCAGAUUGCCCAUUUUCAUGGAGCAGAGGUAGCCUAUCUAGUGGUGCAAAAAUUGCAAUAAUCUUAGCAAGCAUCACCUUUGUACUUCUCCUCGGUCUACUAAUUUAUGUAGUCUUCAUCAGAAAAGGGAGAAAUGACUAUGACUUUGGGCUUCCUCAGGAUUUAGUUUCACUAGCAGCAAAGAGGAAUAGGUAUCAUCGGCAGAAGUCAUUGAUGCUUCUAGAACUGGAGACACAAAAUGCCAACGGAUUUUCAUCAAACUUGAAUCCGCUUGGCCUUUCAACCCAGAAGCAAAGCACCAAAUGACCAUGUGCUGCAAUGUCUGUCUCUGCUUCAUUCAGCCAUCGUGGAGGGUCAUACGAAGUGUGCUCUCAAAGAUGGACUCGUGAACUGCAUGAAAUCCACUUUCUGCUCUUCUUCCGCCUCCUUAUUAAUUAAGUUUGGAUCAAAGGAUCUGGUAAAUGCGUCCAUUGGACCAUGCAAUAAGGAUAUGUGCUAACUGGGUAGCAUAAUAUGAAACUAGUGUCUGUAUAAAAAGAGAAAGAUGUAAAUUUCCCAAAUUUUGGUUAUAAUAUGCCUCUGGAAAGGCAUCACGGGUGCGUCUCCAGUGUACUAUCAUAUGGCUUCAGUAGUUUACUGCGUGUUGACACUGUGCAUUGGUUUCUGAAAUAGUUGUUUGUCUCACGCAGAAAUUUGGUCAAUUGAAGUGAUUGAAUAAUUACACGACAUUAUUGUAAAAGUUUGUAAACUAUCAGAGAAUGGCAUAGUUAAAAAGAGAUAAUUGUUUUCUUG